AUGCCACCCAUACCGCCUGAGGACAACGAUUUCGAGAUGAACCGUCCUCGUCUAGCGCGUACCGAGACAGCUGCAUCCGUGAACCCUCGGACGCAGAAGAGCAAGGCCAUCGAUCUGAGUGCGCCACCCUUUACGAAGGAGUACAUCGACCAGUACCGUCAGCGAAUCAAGGACGACCCCGACCCGGAAGCUCAAUUUCAGUAUGCCAAAUACUUGAUUGACGCGGCGAAGAAGAUCGGGGCCGACGCCAAGGACCAGCGAGGGCUCAGGAAAUACCGCGAUGCCCUCAUCGCGGAGUCGCUCAAAGUCAUACGACGACUUGCAACUCAGGGUCAGCCGUACGACGAGGCCCAGUUCUUCCUUGCCAACUGUCAUGGGACGGGCAUGCUUGGAUUGCAGGUCGAUCACGAGCGCGCUUACCACUUGUACCUGCAGGCAGCGAAGCAGAACCAUGCUGCGGCUUGCUACCGAGUUGCGGUCUGCAACGAGAUUGGCGCAGGUACGCGUGCUGAUCCUCAGCGCGCUGCUGCGUUCUAUCGGAAAGCUGCCUCGCUGGGGGACACGGCCGCCAUGUACAAGCUCGGAGUCAUCCUUCUCCGUGGAUUGCUAAAACAGCAGCCCAAUCCUCGUGAGGCGAUUGGAUGGUUGCGGCGCGCGGCGGAGCAGGCGGACGAGGAGAACCCCCAUGCGCUUCACGAGCUCGCGAUGCUCCACGAGAACCCGCAGAACGGUGUCGUCCCAUACGAUCCGGCGUACGCGAAGGAGCUGUACACGCGUGCUGGUCACCUUGGCUACACGCACUCGCAAUUCAAGCUCGGACAGGCGUACGAAUACGGUUCGAUGACAUGCCCGGUUGACCCGAGGCGAUCGAUCGCAUGGUACACGAAGGCGGCUGAGAAGGGCCAUUCGGAGGCGGAGCUUGCGCUCAGUGGGUGGUACUUGACGGGAAGCGAGGGCGUGCUCAAGCAGAGCGACUCGGAAGCCUACUUGUGGGCGAGGCGGGCGGCGAACAAGGGUCUGAGCAAGGCCGAGUAUGCAGUUGGGUACUAUGCGGAGGUCGGCAUUGGCGUGAAGCAGGACAUCGAGUUCGCGAAGAGGUGGUACAUGCGCGCAGCGGCGCAAGGAAACAAGCGGGCGAUGAACAGACUGACGGAGAUGAAGCGCAAUGGGAACAAGCGGGCAAAUAUGGCACGGCCGACGCGUCAGCAGGCGAAGGAUGAGUGUGUCAUCGUAUAG